AUGGCUGAAACAAUUAGCCCAUACAAGCUCGCUCACGUUGUCUUACGAACGACACAAUUUGAUAAGAUGCUUGACUUCUACAAAGUCUUUCUAGGUGCCAAAGUUGCCUUCAGCAACGGGGAAUUAGGCCUCCUUCGAUAUGAUGACGAGCAUCACCGUAUCGCAAUUGCGGGAAUACCUGGUACAACACCCAAAGAGCCCGCUUCUGCCGGGCUGUGGCAUGUCGCGUUCACGUUCAGAUCCCUACAAGAACUAUUGGAAGCAUAUUCGCAGAGAAAGUCACAUGGCAUUCUCCCCGGCUGGUGUGUCAACCACGGUCCGACCACCAGUAUGUACUAUUUUGACCCCGAUGGCAACCAGAUUGAGACACAGAUCGACAAUCUCGAUCCUGAAGCGGCAGAUAAGUACAUGCAGUCUCAUAGCUAUCAAGAGAAUCCCAUUGGAGUCAACUUCGACCCCGAGGACCUUAUUGCCAUGCUUGCCAAGGGGGUAGACCCAGAAGUAAUCAAAAAGAGGAUUGACAUUGGUCCGAAGGACUUCCACGAUAUCCCGGCAGAAAUAUUACCGUCUGCUAAGAGCUGA